AUGAAAACCUCUCCCAUCUCUUUGGAAGACGCCUUUGAUUUGUACUGUAAGGGAAUCAGUCCUGGUGGACCGAUUUGGGAUCAAAUUUUGGGAUAUUGGAAAGAAAGCUUGGUAAAGCCACAUAAGGUGCUGUUUAUGAGGUAUGAGGAUAUGAAGAAAGAGCCUCAGUUUCAGCUGCGGCGUCUUGCACAUUUUCUUGGAAAACCCUUCUCCCAAGACGACGAAAAUUUAUGUUUGCCUGAUCAAAUUAUAAGUUUGUGCAGUUUUGACAGCAUUAGGAAGCUAGAGGUAAAUAAAGCUAAAAACGCCGCACAGGGUUUUAGCAAUGCUGCAUUUUUCCGGAAUGGUGUGGUUGGAGACUGGAAAAAUUAUUUAUCUGCAGAUAUGUCUUCUAGGCUAGACCAAAUUACAGAAGAAAAAUUCCGGGGUUCUGGAUUAUCAAUCUAA